GCUGCUGCCCGAUACUGUAGUGACACGCUUCUCCCCAACUUUCCCAAACAGCCCUAUGAGGACUUACUCCGGCUGCUGUUCCCACGCGCACCGCGAGCCGUCUCAUUUCCACCUUCUCCAAUCUUUAUCCGCACUUUCCCCCCAAGCCCUCCGUUACAGAAUGAAGUGCAGUUAUGGCAAGAAGUAGCAAGUCAGUAGCGAGGACCCUGGAGGAUUUAACACUCGACUCUGGUUAUGGUGGAGCCGCGGACUCCUUUAGAUCUUCCAGUGCGUCGCUGUGUUGCUCCGAGGCGCAUGGCGGGAACUACUGGCAUUUAACCGACUCGAUGCACAGUCGACACAACAGUCUGGACACUGUUAACACGGUCCUGGUCGAAGACACCGAGAUCCUGGAGUGCAGCGGGCAGUGCGCUAAACUACCCGAGCUUGAGGAUGUGCCGUGGAGCCUCGGGGAAGUGGCGAGCGCACUGAACAAGGACGAGGAGAUGAGCCUACCGACCCCUCCGCAGGACGUCCUGCACCGGCUGUCAGUGCUCAUCAGCCGGGUCCUGGUGAGAGUCUCUAAAGAAGCGCAGCGCUUAAGUUUGCGCUAUGCCAAAUGCACCAAAUACGAGAUCCAAAGUGCCAUGAAGAUGGUUCUGUCCUGGAGCGUGUCAACGAGCUGCAUCAGCGCGGCCCUCAGUGCCUUGUCCCUGUACAACAUGAGCACAGAGGAGGAUAAGUUCAGCCGGGGCAAGUCUGCGCGCUGUGGCCUCAUCUUUAACGUGGGCAAGUUCUUCAGGUGGAUGGUGGACAGCAGAGUGGCGGUGAGGAUCCACGAGCAUGCCGCCAUCUACCUGGCCGCGUGCACGGAGAGCCUGUUCCGCGAGGUUUACGCACGAGUGCUGCGCAGUGCGCUUUUGGAGAGGGACAACGGGAUUCCCAAGUUUACAGUGGAAGUCCUGGAGCAAGCCAUCAACGGAGACGCGGAGAUCUGGGGCUCCCUGCAGCCGUGGCAGCACCUGAUCUGUGGCAAAAGUGCAAACGGCGUGCUGAGUCUGCCAGAGGGCCUGCCGCUGCACAGGGACCAGCCGGUCAGAGUGGGGAAGAGCACAGAGGCCAGUGUCCACAGUCAGGCUGAACUGCGCUCCAUUGAACAGUGUUUACUGGCCACCAGAGUGGGCAGCAUCUCCGAGCUCAGUAAGUGCCUCUCCGCGCACAAAGCCACAUCUCUGUUUCACCGCAGACAGACGCUGGCGACUACUGUGCUCGAAACAAUCUCAGCUGCUACAAAAGUUUACUCUAGUCUAAUAGGUGACCUGGUGUCUCGGGCCAUGCUCUACCUCCAGCCUCUGUACACCAAAAACCAAAACAACGGAACCCCCAUCCACCAGAAGAGCGGCCUGCUGCACUGGGCUCCCGAGGCCAUCUACACACUCUGUUACUUCAUGCACUGCCCCGAGAUGGAGUGGGAGAACCCCAACGUGGAGCCCUCCAAGGUCACGCUCCAGACAGAACGGCCGUUCAUGGUACUGCCUCCCCUGAUGGAGUGGGUGCGUGUGGCUGUGGUUCACACGGAGCACAGACGCAGUUUUUCAGUGGACAGUGAUGAUGUGCGCCAGGCUGCUCGACUCCUGCUGCCCGGAGUCGACUGUGAACCGCGCCAGCUCAGAACGGAUGACUUCUUCUGCGCCUCGAGGAAACUGGAUGCAGCUUCCACAGAGGCCAAGUUCCUGCAGGACCUUGGGUUUCGCAUGCUCAACUGUGGACGCACGGAUCUGGUGAAACAGGCCGUGAACCUGCUGGGCCCCGACGGCAUCAACAGCAUGAAUGAGCAGGGGAUGACUCCUCUGAUGUACGCGUGUGUCCGCGGAGACGAGGCCAUGGUGCAGAUGCUUCUCGAUGCCGGGGCUGAUAUUAACAGUGAGGUGCCAAACUCAGUGCACAAGCAUCCCUCAGUGUUCCCUGAAACGCGGCAGGCCACGCCCCUCACAUUCGCUGUGUUACACGGACAUGUGCCUGUGGUGCAGCUGCUGCUGGACGCUAAAGCCAACGUGGAGGGCUCCCUACAGGACGGGAUGGAGAACUACACAGAGACUCCUCUGCAGCUGGCGGCUGCUGCAGGUAACUUUGAGCUGGUGAGUUUGCUGCUGGAGCGGGGGGCCGACCCCAUGGUGGGCACCAUGUAUCGGAAUGGCAUCUCCACAGCGCCACAGGGAGACAUGAACUCCUACAGCCUGGCAGCAGCUCACGGGCACAGAAAUAUUUUCCGGAAGCUCCUGUCCCACACGGAGAAGGAGAAAGGAGAUGUUUUGUCAUUGGAGGAGAUUCUUGCAGAAGGUUCCGGUUCAGAUCUUGAGGGUCGGAGUCCAUCUCAAAUCGAUCUGAUCCGAAGUGGAAAAGCUCGACUCAAAGCCCUGAAAGAGGCCAUGUACCAUAGCUCCGAACAUGGUCAUGUGGACAUCACCAUAGACAUACGCAGCCUGGGUGUUCCGUGGACUCUUCACACUUGGCUGGAGUCUCUUCGCACUUGCUUCCUCCAGCACAGGCGACCUCUGAUCCAGGGUCUCCUGAAAGAGUUUAGCUGCAUCGAGGAGGACGAGUACACAGAGGAGCUCAUUACAGACGGACUGCCUCUUAUGUUCCAGAUCCUCCGAGCCAGCAAGAAUGAGGUGAUCAGCCAGCAGCUAGCAGCAAUUUUCACCCAGUGUUACGGCCCCUACCCCAUCCCCAAACUGGUGGAGAUUAAGAGGAAGCAGUCAUCACGCUUGGAUCCUCACUUUCUGAACAACAAAGACAUGUCUGACGUGACCUUCUUAGUGGAGGGGAAGCCAUUUUAUGCCCAUAAAGUGCUGCUUUUCACAGCCUCUAACAGGUUCAAGACUCUUUUAGCCAACAGACCGUGUGGGGAGAACACUUGUAUUGAAAUCAGCAAUGUGAAGUAUCAUAUUUUUCAGAUGGUUAUGCAGUAUCUUUACUAUGGAGGCACUGAAGCUUUGCACAUAAGAAAUACUGACGUGAUGGAGCUCCUGUCCGCUGCAAAGUUCUUCCAGCUGGAGGCGCUGCAGAGACACUGUGAGAUCAUCUGCUCCAAAAACAUCAACACUGAGACUUGCGUGGAGCUCUACAACCACACCAAGUUCUUAGAUGCUCCAGACUUGGCGUCCUACAUCGAAGGCUUUUUCUUGAAAAACAUGGUGAUCCUGAUCGAGCUGGAGCCGUUCAAACAGCUCCUCUACGACUCUCCCCCCGACAGCCCCGCCUGCGAAAUCCUGCAAGAUCUGGAGAAGACUCUGGCCAUCCGCAUCCAGUCCAUCCAUCUGUCCUCCUCCAAAGGGUCCAUAGUCUGAGCUACUGCAGGAAAAAAAUAAAAAAAAGAUUAAAGGUCCUAUAUUACGCAAAAUUGACUCAAAGACAGACCUGGAGUGUUUUGUUUCAUUCACACAGGAUUUUUUUUUACCAUUCGUAUACCAUGAUUGUUUUGCAAGCCUCAAGUAAGUCUCAAGCUUUUGACCUCAAGUCCGAGUCAAGUCCCAAGUCAAAUACAGGCAAGUCCAAGUUGAGUCUCGAGUCACUGGCCCAUAAGUCCAAGUCAAGUCCAAGUCAUCUGAUUUGAGCUUUAAGUCAUUUCAAUUCUUUAAACCAAAGUACCAAAUAUAGCUUAGAUUUUUGCAAUUUAUAUGAAUUUUAAACUAAAUUGUACUUAAAAAAAUCAUAGUAUAUUUAUAUAUGAGUAUUUAUAGAGUAUGUAAGAGUUAUAGAAAUGUAAAUUUUUCCUUUUUAAAUGUUUUGACAAGAUCUUAGAGUGAAUCAUUUCGGUCAGAAUAGAAGUAAUUCAGAUUUAAAAGUGCUUCUCAAGUCUUCUCAAAUCACAGGCCUCAAGUCCGGGUCAAGUCCCAAGUCAUUGACCUUCAAGUCCAAGCCAAGUCCCAAGUCUUAGUCCAUUUUAUCAAGUCAAGUCUGAAGUCCUAAAAAUAGUCACUCAAGUCUGACUCGAGUCCAAACCACCCACCUCUGCCAUUUAUUCAGUAGAGAUUGGCAGUUCCAGCGCUGAAAUCAUCCAAAUGAUUCUAGUAAAGGUGUGUAUAGUUUAAAAACACAGUGGAGCACGUCCUGACAUCAGAAGGUUGUUAAACAUAUGUGAAUGAAACAAAACACAACUCCAGGUCUGUUUGCGAUGAGGAAACAACAUUAUAACAGAUCAGAAAACUGCGUAAUAUAGACUCUUUAAAUUUAACACAACAGAUGAUCUAUUUUGACCUAAAAGAGAGAAAUUUUCUGGAACAAAUCCUUGUAUCUGUGAAUCCUGUCAUUUACUAAUAAGCGCGAAGGGACGCCAGUAUCCAUCUGAGUUUUACACACGAUCAUAAACGUAUAAUAAAACACUAACUCUUUGUACAAUACAUGUUUAAUACAAUAUAAUACGACUGGGUAGAAGAUACAGAAAAAAAUAAAUGUGAUAAGCCAUGAGAGUCAGUUUUCUAAGCAGACUGAUCAUUCGCUUGAAAUCCAUUUUGUAGAUAUGCAGUAGUCUCUAGCUAUGUCACUUAGUUAGCCUUUCUCGUGAAGCCAAACCUGAACAUAGCUACUUGUACAUAAAAGACAGAAAGAUAUUAUGACUUUUAUCUGAACAAAUGGAAUGACAGAUAUUAUUUUUCUUUCCUCAUUGCCGUGUAAAUAGUGUUGAUAAAAGAGUUAUUGAUAAUGUAAGUUAAUGUAUAUACACACACAGAUGUUUCUCAUGUGUCCUAUUGUUGACUAUGGCUUUUAAAUUUGAAUGUUAUAUGCAUGUUGGGAUGUAGGGACGGUUGUAUCACGGGGGUUUUCUGACCAAACUACUUCUCACGAGUUUAUAGUUAUAGAAGAGUACCUUUGUCAUCAGCAUGGGGGAUCUCAUUUUGUGCAGCGUAAACACGGUGUCUUCAUUAUUUUGUGUUAAAGGGUCAAAGCGUGUUUAAAGACGCAUUGUGUGACUCGUUGGAAGGUCCGUCAAAUGUUUCUCUCCAGGGAGGUGUUAUAGCUUUGUCUGGAAUGUUUCGCAGUGUGGUUUAAACAUUUCUAGCUUCAUGGAGACGAAACCAGACCAAGUUACAGGUCAGAUCUGCAAAGAGGCGACCCCGCUCACAGUCAGAAUGCAUGUUUUUCGGUAUUUUUGAGCUAUAAAACCAUCUGUAAUUGAAUAAAUGUAAGGUAGAUCUAUGUUAUUAGGCUCUUUUUUCAGACUAAGAGUUUGUUUUCGUACUUGACAGCUUUGAUUGCUCGCUCAUGGUCUUCUUCAAAGCGGUCACGUGAUGUUGUGACAUGUCCGGUCAGCUGAUUUAUACAAAUUUUGGUGCUGUCUUCCUACCGGUGGAGGCAGGACGACAGCGCCAUCUGCAGUCCAACUUCCUCAGAAUAGUUUCCCAGGUGUGUGAGAGUAAAAAAGCCUCCUCCUCCUCCCGGUUUAUAGUCCUGUGCCUGCCGUCCUACCGCCACUGGUAGGAAGACAGCGCCAAAAUCUGUAUAAGGCUGCGUUUAUAUAAUGACGCAGAAGUGGCGUCACAUCUUCACUUUUUAUUUUUCUUGUUUAGAUGAGCAUUUUCGGGAGGAAAUCUGAGUGAAUAGGGUGAUGCAAAAGUGUGUGGAAUUCGAUUGGGUAUACAUGCCAGGCGGCUCGGUGGUGACGCUCGGUGGUGACGCUCGGUGGUGACGCUUGGUGGUGAUGUAUGUUACGUAAACGUGUACGCGACGUGAGCAGAUCUGACCAGAGUUUUGCGUCUUGGGCAGUGUAGAUGUAAAUGCCAUGGUGGAGCAUAUUCAACUUUUCCACUCUGGAGGGUGGUUUUCCUACCGGUAGAGGCAGGACGACAGCGCCAUCUGCAGUCCAACUUCCUCAGAAUAGUAUCCCAGGUGUGUGAGAGUAAAAAAGCCUCCUCGUCCCAGUUUAUAGUCCUGUGUCUGCCGUCCUGCCUCCACUGGUAGGAAGACAGAGCCGUUCAUAUGAUGACGGUCUGAACAGAAGGCGCAAAAGUGGCAUCGAGUCUUCACUUUUUAUUCAGCGUUUAGCCAAGUGUUUUCGGGAGGAAAUCUGCGUGCAUAUGGUGAGGCAAAAGUGUAUGAGUUCAAUUAAAUAUACAUGCCAGACAGAUAGGUGGUGACCCUCUGACCCCCUUUGCUCCUUGGGCAUUGUAGACAAAACGCCACAGUGGAGCGUAUUCAACUUUUUCACUCUGAAGGGUGGUUUCAGAUUUUUUACAUUUUAAGCCCCAAAACUCCAUCACCACCUAAAAGAAAGGCACUUCAGGUAUGAAAACAAACUCUUGGUCUGAAAAAAAAUAACCUAAUAAUAUAAAUUAUCAGAAGACCAAAUGAACCUCACUGGACUGUAAGGUAGAUCUGUUAAAUGUCAUACUGUGGAACAUUCCAGGCAAAGGAAUGAAAUAUCCAUAGAAACAAGCAGGUGAUGGACCCCAAAUCACAAAUUUACAUGGUGCACCUUUAAAGAUGCAUUGUGUAACUUUUUCCAGUGGAGGGUCCGUCAAAUGCUUUUCUCCAUGGAGAUGUUAUUGCUUUGUCUAGAAUGUUUCACAGUAUGGCAUUAAAACUUUCUAUCUUCAUGGAAAUCAAACCAGACCAAGUUACAGGUCAGAUCUGUGGAGAGGCGAUCCCGCUCAGUCAGAAUACAGUUUUUUCUUUGUAUUUUUGAGCUGUAAAACCACCUGUAAUUGAAUAAAUGUAAGGUUUGAAAUGUUUAAAAUGUUUAAUGUCACACUGUGGAACAUUCCAGGCAGAGAAAUGGCAUAUCCAUAGAAACAAGCAGGUGACGGACCCCCAAACAAAAAGUUACACAAUGCACCUUUCAGUCUCGUAUUGGGCAAAUUAUGCUUUGGGCCUUUUUUGUUUGGGAUUGUGAAAACACAUGACUUGUAUGUGUGACUUUCCUCUAUAAAGAACUAUGUAAAAAUG